GCACCAGGUUGGCAGGAGCAUGGGGAUGGCAUUCAGGGUGAAGGCAGACGUGUGGCUGGCAGGGCCCUGGCUGUGCCUGAGAGGGGCCAGGGCACUGGGCACCAGAGCAGUUAUGCCCCCCAUGGCCAUGGUGCUGCCCUUUGAAGCCAUACCCCAAUGUCCAGGCAACAAGUGGUUGAGGGUGCUGCAGAUUUGGAAGGAUCAAGGCGUUGAGGACAUUCACCUGGAGAUGCAUCGAACCUUCCAGGAGCUGGGGCCCAUUUUUAGGUAUGACGUUGGAAGGAUGCAGAUAGUCUCUGUGAUGCUGCCAGAGGAUGCUGAGCAGCUGCACCAAGCAGAGAGCCUGUAUCCCUGCCGCAUGCACCUGGAGCCCUGGAUGGCCUACAGAGAACACCGAGGGCAGAAGCCUGGAGUAUUCUUGCUGAAUGGGCCUGAAUGGCGCUCUAACCGACUGCAGCUGAACCCAAAUGUGCUGUCCCCAAAGGCAGUGCAAAAGUUCCUCCCCAUGGUGAACAUAGUGGCAAGAGACUUCUCAGAGGCCUUGAAGAAGAAGGUGCUACAGAGUGCCCAGCGGAUCCUGACCCUGGACAUCCAGCCCAGCAUUUUUAACUAUACUGUAGAAGCCAGCAACUUUGCACUUUUUGGAGAGAGGUUGGGCCUCUUUGGCCAUAACCCAAGCUCUGAUAGCCUGAACUUCAUCCAUGCCCUGGAGGUCAUGCUCAAAUCCACUGGGCAGCUCAUGUUCCUGCCCAGGCAUCUAUCCCGCUUGAUGAGCAGCCAGGUGUGGAAGGAGCACUUUGAGGCCUGGGACCACAUCUUUGACUAUGCUGACAAUUGGAUUCAGAAGACUUAUCAGAAACUUGUUUGUGGUUGCCCUCAGUACUAUAACGGCAUCAUGACAGAUCUUCUGUUGCAGGGGAACUUGCCACUAAAUUCCAUCAAGGCUAACAGUAUUGAACUCACAGCAGGGAGUGUGGACACGACCACCUACCCAAUAAUGAUGACGCUCUUUGAGUUGGCCAGGAACCCCACGGUGCAGCAGGCCCUGCACCAGGAAAGCCUGGCUGCUGAGCCCAGCAUCUCAGGGAAUCCUCAGAGGGCUACCAUGGAACUGCCCCUGCUUCGAGCAGCCCUCAAGGAGACCCUGAGGCUGUACCCUGUCGGUCUUUUUCUGGAGAGAAUCCUGAGCUCAGACUUGGUGCUUCAGAACUACCACCUCCCGGCUGGGACCUUGGUCCAUUUGUAUCUGUAUUCAAUGGGCCGAAACCCCUCAGUGUUCCCGAGUCCAGAGCGCUAUAACCCGCAACGCUGGCUGGACAGCAGGCAGACCUUCCAUCACCUGGCUUUUGGCUUUGGGGUGCGCCAGUGUCUGGGGCGGCGUCUGGCAGAAGUGGAGAUGCUGCUGUUUCUGCAUCACAUUCUGAAAUCCUUCCACGUGGAGACACCGCUCCAAGAGGAUGUGAAGUUGGCCUACAACUUUGUUUUGAUGCCCACCACCUUCCCCCCCCUCACUUUCCGGGCUGUCACCUAGUCAUACUUCCCCACCGAGGAUCCCAGGCACAGCGCUAUCCUCUGUCUCCAUGAUCCUAGGCCACCCCUCCUGUUCUCCUGCAAGAGCACUGCUUCCUGGCCACAGUGCUAUGUAGAGGGCUCCCAGCUCAAACAGUGCAGGCAAAGCCCUGCAGGAUCUGGGCUCAGCAGGCUGUGCAGCCAGGCCAGAGCAGAGCUCAGGAGGAUCAUGGUGGCCCAGCCUGGUUUUGUCCCCUCCCCAGCCCCACCCAGCUCCAUCUCCUGCAAACUUUCUCUGCUAGAACACUGUCUCUCUCUCUCCUGAGCACGGUUUCCAGCAUCCUCCUGUGGCCAUCAGAUCACACUCUUAAUAUUGGCCAUACUUAUGUUUUCCAUUUAUGUGGAAUCAGCAAAGAAAAUAGAUCUAAGUUGGCGACACAUCACCUGAGCUAUGGCGUUGGUGUACGUGAACUCAAAAAUUAGGAAAGUAAUUUUGGGGCCGGGGAUUAGCUCCGUGGCACUGCGCCUGCCUUGCAAGUGGAAGGUUCUGAGUUCAAUCCCUGGUACCAAAAAAAAAAAAAUAAAAAAGGAAAGUGUGAAUACUAGUGAGGAUUGUGUAUCAGCAAGGGGUUGUGGUGGUCUCUGAGGGUCAGAGAUGUAGACAGGAGGUCAUAAUGGAGACCUGGACGAGGUGACAGGAGAGGUCAUUGCUGGAGAGCUGUGUCUUCCUGGAGAUGAAGCAUUAACUGACAUGAGGCAGGUAUUUCCUGGGGAAAGCAAUAAUCUCCCUGAAUAUUUAGCAUGGAUCAGAGUGUGUUAACCUGUUGCAGAUUUCUCUGGAGGCUCAGCAGUGUAUAGGGAGUAUAUUUUGACAAAGAACAAGGAUUUUAUUAAAUUGGGUGUGUGGGAUGAAUUAGGUCCACUGAAAAUCAACUUAAAAAGAUGUUGAGCCCCAAAUGUCCUUAGAACGUGACUGUAUUUAGAGAUAGCACCUUUAUCAAGGGAUUUAAUUCAAAAUGAAGUGACUGGGGUGGACCUCAAUCCAAUAUGACAGAUGUGUUUGUUUGGUAUAUAUACUACUUUUUUUUUGGUGGUAUGGGGAAUGAAAUUCAGGACCUUGCACUUGCCAGGCAGGCUUGGCACCGCUGUGCUACAUUCCCAGCCCUAAACACUACUUCUAUAUAGAUAUUGUUACCUAAAUUUGGUAUACAAUUGUGGAUUUUCAAUUUUGUCCAAUUAUAUGACUUUAAUAUACGUGAAAUGUGUUGAUUAGAUUAUUAAACUGCCGUGGCUUGGAUUUUAAACUUUCUCCAAAGGUCCACAUGCCAAGGCUUGGUCAUAUGGUUGAACUUUUAGGAGGUGGAGCCUAAUGGAAGGAAGUUACGUCCUGGGGGCAUGCCCUUCUUGGUGAUUCUGGGACCUCGACCACUUUUUCACUCCCCAUUGGCUUUCAGACUAUCAGGAGGCAAGCAUCCUUCCUCCACUAUGUGCUCUCCUUCAUAAUGUUAUGCUUGGUCAGGGUCCAAAAUGACUACAGACUGAAACCUCUAAAACACAGUUAAAAUAAAGCUUUCUGCCGUAAAAGUUGAUCAUCUCAAGUGUUUUAUCACAGCUAUGGAACACUGACUAACCUAUAUGCUAAGAUGUAAAAUAUAUAAAGCGAUGUAAAAAUAUAUGUAAUUAAAAAUGUACCUAAUUUA